AUGAGGCCCAAAGGGCCCAUAAUACAGGGCAACCUGAACCACUCGGCCAGGGCGCAAGAUCUUCUUCUGCAUCACCUGGCCGAGUGGAAAAUAGCGCUGGCUGAGGCCGCGGAGCCGUAUCGAGUCCCGGACAGACACGACUGGUUCGGGGAUGACGGCGGCUCCGUGGCAGUGAUUGGCACCGCCUUUGCCCCGCCCCCUACGCUAAUAGAACGGGGGCGGGGGUUUGUGGCGGUGCUCUGGUGCGAUACCGCGGUGGUGGGCGUCUACUGCCCGCCCAGUUGGUCCCUCGCGGCGUUCGAAGAGUGUUUAGGUCGGGUGGGAGAUGUAGUCUGCUGUUGCUACCCCCGACCGGCACUCGUCCUCGGGGAUUUCAACUCCCAUGCCCAAUCGUGGGGGUCCCCGAGGACUGACGCGAGGGGUGAGGCUGUACUCGAGUGGGCGGCGGAAUUCGAGCUCCGGCUGCUGAACCGGGGCUCGGUCAGCACCUGCGUGCACGCUCGGGGGGAGUCGAUAGUUGACCUAUCGUUCGCGACUCCCUCGGCUGCACGCAUGGUGCAGAGUUGGAGAGUGGUGGAGGAGGCGGAGACGCUUAGCGAUCAUCGCUACAUCCGCCUCGGAUUCUCCACCCCCGAACGUCGCCCGCCGAACGGCCCACCGCCGCGGAGAUCGGCGCUGAAGAGGCUUGACAGGGACGCGCUGAUGGCAGCAGCCCUCACUGUGACCUGGCCGGAGCAACCGGUCGGUCCGGUCGCGGAUAUAGGGGAGGAGGUAAAAUGGUUCCGGGGCACGAUGACGGCGAUCUGUGACGUCGCCAUGCCCCGGGCCAAAUGCCUCCCCAGACGGGCCGCCUACUGGUGGUCGGGCGAAAUCGCCGACAUUCGGCAGAACUGCAACGUCGCCCGACGCCAGUGGCAAAGGGUCCGUCGGAGAAGGAACCGCGACCCAGCGGGGGAGGAAGAGCUGUACGGGUGCUACCGUGUAUUAGUGGUAGCUCUGCAGCUGGCCAUCAGGGAGGCCAAGUCCCGGGCAUGGCAGGAGCUCCUCGGCUCUUUGGAUGCCGAUCCGUGGGGGCGCCCUUAUAUGUGGGCAAUGGGCAAACUAAGGCCCUGGGCGCCCUCCGUGACGGAGAGACUAGACCUCCAGUUCUUGGACCAGGUGGUGGACACGUUGUUCCCUAGUGACGACGGUAGCCAUCCCUGGCCCCCGCCGGUCCAAGUGGAAUGGACCGACGACAUGGGGGUCACAUAG